UGGUAGUGGAUUCAGACUUUCCUUUUCUUGACUGACUUUCCAUCUUGCAAAUCUCCAAAGCCAGGAAGAUGUGGUUGGUGUGUGCCAGAGUUAUAAAUGACUUAAUAUCCUUGAGAGUUAAUGGUUCCUGCAGCAUCAUGUUCCAGUUCUCUCACAGAGAUCUGAUGCCCUCCAUGCUCUGGUGGUUUAGGCUUGGAAAGCAAAUUCUAACCUUGUGUCAGUGAAAGGAUAAAAAUCAGGGACUGCGGGAUGGAGAGGGGCCUUCUUGAAAGACCUGGUUUAAUCAGGACAUUUUCAUUUGCGCCCUGUAUAGUGAGUUCAUGUGCUGGAAAUCACAAGGACACGUGGAUCUGCAAAAUUCAUAGUAUUUGAGAACCAACUACAGUAUCUCGUAAAGGGAGAAAAAACCCAGGUCACCUUAUUCAGGUUUAUCAUAACACUUAGCAGCAAGCCUGCCUUCCUCUGACCCAGCUACAGAUGGUCAUCCUGAUGAUCUUAACUAGGGACUUAGGUCCCUUGACCUUUCACAGAAGGUUGUGUUUAAGUCAAGUGGAGAGGCUUGUGCCUUGUCUUCUUAUUUCGGACACAUUUAAGAGAGAAGCUUUCAUCACCUAACUUUGCAAAUACAUUCUGCAAUCACAAAUGUUUUUCUGGGCAGUCCCUUUUGCUAGUCUCACCUAUGUUGUUUGUUGUUUUUUGGAGGGAUUGUUAUAGGAAUCCUCCGAGGCCUGAGAGGCCUUCUUGGAUCUGUGCUAGAAUACACGCAUGCUCUAGAUCUGCUUUAUUUGGUGCUAGCCUAACCUAGGUACUGUGGACCUGAAUUAUUGCAUAUACCUUUGGGAACUGUUCACCUCGAAACACUUGAGAAAAGGUGGUAAGGCAUGUAGCCAGGAGGUAUCAGCUGACCUUUCAUUUUACUCGCAUUUAAAUGCUUUUAUAGAGGUUGGCAUUAUUUUCUCUAAAAGCAUUUGCUGUUUGAGUUGGUCAUGUUGACAGUUAACUGUCAGUUAUGACCUGCAUUUCCAGUCUCACCUUGAUUAUUUCAGAAUAGCUUUAAGGCUUGGAUUAUAAGUGCUUCUCUUGAACUUAGGCAUUGAUCCUUGGCCGAUGUACAGUUGAGAGAGGUAGGAAUGACUGAUUUCUAAUUGUGGUUUGAAAGGAGGUUGGUUGAUAAGACGGGAAAUGUGGAACCUAUUUUAGUUGUUGCUGUUGUAAAGAAAGAUCUCUGCAGGCCACUGUGGCAUGGAUGUGUGAUUCAUUCUUGGUGCCUGGUGAACUUCUUUAACAAGUUAAUUUCAUACUGGAGCACUGGGUAAGGACAAGGUUGAAAUUUAAACUUACAUUGGUUGUCAGGGCAUAAUAGAUGGAUUUAUUUUUUUUUAAUAAUGGAGUUAAUGUCAGAGAUGGUGGUGCUAACAGAUCCUGGGGAGGGUGAAGAGAGCUAAGUCGAUGAGCACAUUAUUUGCACAUAGAGCCACAGAUGCAGACUAUUCUCAGGCAUUAUAAGGAAAAUAUUUUUCUCCAAGGUUUCACUUUUUUCCUAUGCUUUCUUUUAUUCUUACCGCCUAUCACUCCCCAGAAGCCAUUAUUUCAAAAGUGGAAGUGGGAAAGAGAAAAAAGGGUGAAGGAGAAUGGAGCAAGCAGCCAGCCAGCCUUGCUGCAUCAGAGUUCACAGAGAGUAACCUGAAGAGAAAUGAUACCCCUGAGGGCAACUUGGGUAAAAGAAUAGAGAAUUUUAAUAAGAAAGAUGAUUUUGGACCAGAGCCAACCUCUUGCAGGGCUUAACGAGAAAUAGUCAGAGGAAACCCACGCCGCCACCGGAAGCAAAGGGACACCUGAGGAGAGACGGGGGAAUACACAUUUCUUUGCUGGUCAUCGUAAAUCCCUGAGUGCUUCCAGGCGGAGGAAAAACCCUUUUCCUAGAGGCAACACUAACUGGAUCUCACUUAAAACUGAAGCUGCACAUAAGCCCUUCUCAUCUGAAAAAGCAGAUUUUUAGUUCAGUGUGAUUUUUCAUGUGAGUGGUAAUUUUUGUAGGCGGAAAGGAGAAGUUAUUCAGUGGUCAGCAUGACCCUGUUAUUUUUUAUCUUACCCACAUAGGUACUGAACUGUAAGUACAUAAGCACUCCCCAGUGAUACAACGGGAUGGGAACUUUGUUAGCUAGUAGGUAUCUUUAAACCCAGCUGAAAUUGUAACUCCUAAGUCCAUGGCUUUCUCCAUUCUUAUCAUGUCCUGGGAAUGUGACCUCUGAUGGUAAGAUCAGUAACCUGAAGAACAGAAUUGAUACUUAGGGCUCAUUUUUAAAUUUAAUUACAAUUCUUAUCAAAUACUUUAUUUACUUCAGCAAUGUGCUUGCCUGAGCUCUGUGAUGGCUGAGGUUUCUUAGGUACAUCUCAUGACUUGAAUGUACACUUUUGAUGAGAUCUGGAGAGAUUAGGAAAUAUCUUCUCGAAAGUACUUAUUAGGUCUGGUUGACUAUGUAGAGCUGAUCCAAGGCAGGCAAAUUGCUAAGAGACACAGUCCAGAAACAGUUCUGAAGCAGGCACUUCUUGACACCCAGUGUAUUCUGGGUGUCUGUGCUGCAGUAAUGCAGCCCUGUCUUUCUGGGCAGUGUUAUUCCUGCUGCAUAAUUAGCAACUAGUGAGAUCACAGUCUGGAGAGAUUCUGGCGAGGCUUCCUAUCAUCACAUGUGGCUCGGCUCUGACAGCGUUUCUGCUGAGCAGAUUCAUAUCCUUGGGGGGCUUCAACCCAAAGACAGAGAAGGAGAAAGAUUUGUAUCUGGGGAAUGGACCAUCUCAGACUUCUUGGUGUGUGACAGCAUGCUGAAAACAUUGUCUGCCAUAUUGAUGUAACCACAGUAGCUUGGCACUUCUUAUGGUUUGUUUUCCCCCUGCUGGUUUCUUUACAGGGGGCACUAAGAUUGUAAAGCUAACUUCUCCUCACACAGAGAAUGUGGAUAGAUAGUUGAGUCCUAUUUUAUGGAACAGUAUGAGAUUGGGAAAGAUUCUGCAUUUUGAAACCAGUGCAGAUUCUAAUCUACACUCCAUUCUUUCAAACCAAAUUUGACCUUUUUAGGAGCCUGGCGAGCCACUUUAUACUUGUGAAGAGCUGGAUAAAAGGUUCUCUGGCCUCCAGUGUACUUUGAAAUUGAGAGCCUAGAGCAGUAUUUUCCAAAGUGUUUCCCGAGGAGGAUCACUUGCCCCCUCAGAUACCCUGGGAGCUGCAGGGUUCCAUAAUCAGGGGUGUGAAACUGCAUACCGCUUUCUGCCACUGUUCACCGUGCUCAUUAGCAUAUUAAAAGCCUCUGAGAGGUCCUCCCAUAGCAGUUUUCUGAACUAUUUUCACACAGCAGUCCUAUUUCCAAGUAAAAGCUAUUAAUAUCCAUGGAACUAGUUUAUUUAAUAGAUACACUUUGGGAAAUGCUAGCUGUAUUUUCACUAGGAAAAAUAAUUAGAUCUAGUCUAGGCUUAGGUACAGGCUAAUUCUGCCUUUGAUCCCCAGUCCAUCCUGCUGGCCCCUUGGAAAGCUUUUCUAUGGGAUCAGGAGAGCAGCUACUGUUCUCCCCGGGCUAAUGAAGCCCAGAGCCCAGCUGGCGUGGAACCAAAGGCCUUCACUCCACGGGGAAAGGUGCUGCUGCUUCUCAGCUCAUUAUUCUAAGAGUCGCUGAUAUUAGCGGGGCAGAGGGGAACCGAAAGUAGGAGAAUGUUGGCUGGAUAAGUAGAGAGGUGACCUCUCCGGAGACCAGACAUCAUGGCUAGCUCAGGCGCUUGCUUCCUCCAUUUGGAGAGUUCUGUGUGUACCGGCUUGGCGAAGGCUGUCUUUGCAAAGGAUGCUGAUUCCUCUUCUCCUCCAGGCAGAAUCCUCAUGCACCUGGCUAGCUGGUGGUGAGCAGGGCCGUCGGAGCCAACUUGGUGGGCUCCCCAAAGGAAUCCCUUUGAAACCAAUGGAUGCGUUCACGGUCUCGGGUCUCAAGAGAAAGUUUGAUGAUGUGGAUGUGGGCUCAUCAGUUUCCAACUCAGACGAUGAGAUCUCUAGCAGUGACAGUGCUGACAGCUGCGACAGCCUCAAUCCUCCGACAACUGCUAGCUUCACACCUACUUCCAUCCUGAAACGGCAGAAGCAGCUCCGGAGGAAGAGUGUACGCUUUGACCAGGUGACGGUGUACUACUUUGCCCGGCGUCAGGGUUUCACCAGUGUGCCCAGCCAGGGUGGCAGCUCUCUGGGCAUGGCCCAGCGCCAUAACUCCGUACGAAGCUACACACUCUGUGAGUUUGCUCAAGAGCAGGAGGUGAACCAUCGGGAGAUUCUUCGUGAGCACCUGAAGGAGGAGAAACUUCAUGCCAAGAAGAUGAAGCUCACCAAGAACGGGACAGUGGAGUCCGUGGAGGCCGAUGGCCUGACGCUGGAUGAUGUUUCAGACGAAGACAUUGAUGUGGAAAAUGUGGAAGUGGAUGAUUACUUCUUCCUGCAGCCUCUGCCCACCAAACGGCGACGGGCCCUGCUGAGGGCUUCUGGGGUGCACCGCAUUGAUGCUGAAGAGAAGCAAGAGCUGCGAGCCAUCCGCCUGUCCCGGGAAGAGUGUGGCUGUGACUGUCGACUGUAUUGUGAUCCAGAAGCAUGUGCCUGUAGCCAGGCGGGGAUUAAAUGCCAGGUGGAUCGCAUGUCCUUUCCAUGUGGCUGCUCCCGGGAUGGCUGUGGGAACAUGGCUGGACGCAUUGAAUUCAACCCCAUCCGGGUCCGGACUCAUUACCUCCACACCAUCAUGAAGCUGGAGCUGGAGAGCAAGCGGCAGGGGAGCCGCCUGCCAGCCCCCGAUGAGGAGCCCUCGCCUGCUGCCAGUUGCAGCCUGUCAGGCGCGCAAGGCUCUGAGACGCAGGACUUCCAGGAGUUCAUUGCUGAGAACGAGACGGCAGUGAUGCACCUGCAGAGUGCAGAGGAACUAGAGCGGCUUAAGGCAGAGGAAGACUCGAGUGGCUCCAGCGCCAGCCUGGACUCCAGCAUCGAAAGCCUUGGGGUGUGCAUCCUGGAGGAGCCCCUGGCCGUUCCAGAAGAGCUGUGCCCAGGCCUUCCAGCCCCCAUUCUCAUCCAGGCCCAGCUGCCCCCGGGCUCCUCUGUCCUCUGUUUUGCCGAGAACUCGGACCACGCAGCCGCCUCAGCAGUGAACAACCCCUCUUACUUGAACAGUGGGCCCCUGGUCUAUUAUCAGGUGGAGCAGAGGCCGGUUUUGGGGGUGAAAGGAGAGUCUAGUACAGAAGAGGUCCCAUCCUCUUUCUCCAAGGAGAAGGAUCUGAAUGUCUUCUCUCUCCCUGUUACCUCACUGGUGGCUUGUAGCCCCACAGACCCAGCUGCCCUCUGUAAAUCAGAGGUGGGGAAAACCUCCACUCUAGAAGCGCUAGUGCCCGAAGAUUGUAACCCUGAGGAGCCUGAGAGUGAAGACUUCUGCCCCUCUUGGACCCCCUCGAACCUCCCCUUCUGCACGGACGGUGAAGAGGGCUGUGUGGCAGAGAAGACGUCGCAGCAGAGUGAGGACCGGCCCUCCGAAGAGUCUUCCCUUGAGCUCCCUCUGGCAGUGUGAAAUGGGGUUGGAGGUUCUGCCUCUUACCCACUCUAUUUAUUCCCUUAUUUUAUCUAACACUAUUUCAGAACGGAACUGUAGAAGCACCUGCUGCUCCCAUGUUAUUUUAUUGGGGUCUUUGGUGUGGGAAAGGAUUGUUUGUACAAGUUAUUUUUAAAAGGGAAACAGAACCAAGGAGACCAGUCCCAACUUGAUCUGGAGAUAGUCUCGGGGCAGAGAAGGCUGCAUAGUGCCGAUCCUGAGCUUUCUGGGCCAUCGGAACAAAGAACUAGAAUCUCAGAGGAGCUGGGUAAUUCAAGCAGUUAUUUUUUAUGUAGGGACCAGAACAGAAUACGUGAGGAGCACAGCCAAACUCCUUUUCUGAGCUCCAGAGGUACACGCUUGCUUUUCUUGGUGGUUAUGCUGAUAGCCCAUGUUGAUGUAUCAGUGCUACAGUGGAGAUGUCACCUGAUCAGAUCUAUAGAGGAGAGGGUAGAAGAGUCUCUGCUGCUGUACAGAACCUCCAGGAUUUAAAAAAUUUUACCUGCUUUCCUUUGGCCACCCUAUCUGGUAAAUAAGACAUGUUUGGUGUUCUCUUCCCCACAAUGGGGAUUCCUGGUCUGUAACUUGAAUUGUUUUUUUCACAUGUUCUAGGUACUAGACAGAAACAUGUCUAUUUGUCUUUUUUUUUUUUUUUCUCCAUUUUCCUUUGAAGAAAAGGAGCUAAAUUGCUGGGAAUGUGUUAUAAAGAGUGCAAGUCAGCUGUGUGUGUCCACACUAGCUGUCAGGCAGCUUUAGGCUCGAGCACACAGAUCCCUCAGAGGCAUAUGUGGAGCAUUAAUCACGUCCAGAAGAGGCAGCAGGGAUAGGCUGUUGCCUGGAAAGAUGACUUAACUUGGGCCAGGCUUGCUUUCUUACCUAGGUCAUUUUUUCCCUCUUCGGGAGAUUUGAGCUUUAAUGGAAUGUAGGAUGUGGCAACCUAAGGUCAACAAUUCGUUUUUGUCUUUUUUUCCCUGUGUCUGUCCUUGUCCUUGGGUAUACCAGAUUCGAGUUUUUAUACUACUCCAGUUUUCUCUCCAAAUUGCAAAUGUUUAUCAGACCAUUUUGCUGAUACGUAAAAUUUGGAAGGCAAACCAAUUCUUAGAUGUUCAACUCCAGGUUCCAAAGAAUUCAGUUUUCUGACUCUUAACCUUGGAGGAUUUUUAGACUGGGACUCAAGUUCAGUUCUUGCCUCUGUAGAGGGCAUGUGGUUCCUGUUUCUCUUAUGUCCAACUCACGUUCCGGCAUCUGCUCCACUUUACACCACUGAAUUCUUUAUUAGUAAAGUUAUCUUUGACUGUUUUGAAAUGGAGGCAGCCAUUUCAAACACUACUCUCUCGUGUUUCACUAUUCCUUCAUUUCUGGCAUGGUUAAUUUAUCAGGAAAGAACAAAGUGAAACACUUUCUUGGGGAUGGGGGAGAUAACUAUUCCUACUUACCUUGCGCAUAAAGCCUUUUCUUGUGGAUGUUAAGACUGUCUUAAAGCAGCCUUCAUGUGUCCCAGCAGUGUUUCACCUCAACAAUUUCUAAACUGAGCCUGGAAGUUCUCGUACUUAACACAGAUAGGUAUUUUAGCCCAUUCUGUCUUUCCUGUUCAUUCCUAUUUUUGCUUGGUUUUUACAUUUGGAGCAGAGUUUUUAAUUAAGGUCCUGAGCUCUCCCCACCCCCUAGCCUCAUAAAUCAAAGUUGAGAGUCUUAAAUACCUGUGUUCCAGAUGCUAUCCCAAACUGAGCUACAGUUCUCCAUCUUAGACCGGUACCCUCAAAUAUAAGACCGAAGCUGAACUGGGAAUUUGACUCUACAGAGAGAAGAAUCUUUCUGAAAGUCUGCUUUGGAAGGGAAGGGUCAGCUCUCUACACUCCCUCCUAGGGCGGCACCAACCUAACCUGGGAGGUAGAUUCCUGCAGGUCAGUAAGAGACAUUAGCCUUUGGGAUCAAACAAAAAAUUUGAAUCUGAUUAUUAAACUCAUUGCCAAGCCCAAGAUGUUUUUCUGAAAACUAGUUUCUUAACCUGAGCCCAGUCAUUCAUUGCCUGCACUUCUGACUCACUGACCCCAAGCUUUAAAAUGCUGAAUAGUAACAUUUAGCAUUAAUUGUCUUGUCAAGCACAGGCCUUUUCUACAACCUAGUCCAUCUCAUUUCUGGUGCUACCUGAGUUGGACAGAACGAUAACUCAUGGUUGCUGGGAAAGCUAGCUUCUGCACACAGAAGCAGAUAGCUUCAGUCCCACUCUAUAGGCCUAGAUAAAAGAAAUGACUUAUACUGCAACUCAUUUUCCAGUCUCCUUUCUCACAUACUGUACACAGGUAGUAUUUUCAAUGUGAAUCCAAAGCUUGUCUGGUUUUCUGAAAACAAUUUUUGUUUUCCUUUUAGGUCCUACAUUGUGAUAAUGCUGUAUUUAAAGAGAAUAUUUAAAUGUAAUAAUAAAGAAAUAUUCAAAGGAGUGGUGUAUUAUACUUUAUAUUGGCAGGUCACAAUCCGGUUACUUGUUAAGA